CUGGAACAUGCACCACCCAAGUCUUCCCUCAGCUCUCCACUAAUUCCUCACUGCAGCCUGCGCCUUCUGCCUUCUUCCAUUCCUUCACACAGUUUUUCAUCUCCCCACUAUUUGUCUAAAUGGGAUUUUAGCAGCGCUGAAGCAGAAGUUUAUUGUUUUGUGGAGUGAGAGAAAGAGAGAAAGAAAGAGAGGAAAAGCCCUGAGUACUCAGCAGGGAAUACCAUGGCCAUUAAUACCGAUACCCAAUAUGAGAAGGCACUGGGAGGUUCAGGGAACCCUCUGCCCGCAGACUCCCAUGAGACUGAGAAACUCCUCACUAAUGCCUCGGAGAAUAAGGAGGAGAAUGGCAUGAAGAAGUCAUUUUCAGUCACCAUGUCCAGCGAGAAGUCUAUGGGAGACCUGGAACAAAAUGGCCACAACCUGCCUUACAAAUCGGUGUCAGCUGGGCAGCUGGAGUCUGCCCCUCUCUCACCCUCCAGGGUCAGCCUUGCCAGGGCAUCCUCCACUGCCACCACCGCCCAGGAGCAGGGCAGGCCCACCGACUAUCUCGUCCUGGCCAUCUUCUCCUGCUUCUGCCCAGUCUGGCCAGUCAACAUAGUGGCACUGGUCUUCUCCAUCAUGUCAAGAAACAGCCUGCAGCAGGGAGAUUUAGAUGGAGCGCGGAGAUUAGGACGUUUGGCCAGGCUACUGAGUGUCGUCUCCAUCUUGCUUGGACUUGUCAUUAUUGUGCUGUGCAUUCUCAGCUUGACCAUUUUUCACUAGGUUUUGCAGUUAGAAGGAAGCCAAAUGGGAGAUGUGGACAUGGCCUGCCUUCCCUUCACACACUUUUUAUCCUCCUCACUGCAAAUGAGUCUAAUGUUAGAGGAAGAGCCAGGUCCAGUCCCACUCAAGGUCCAAGGGAUUGCAUGCAGCACUUUAAACGCCACGCCCUUGGGAAUGGAGAGAGAAGCAGGAGUACAGCGCACAAGACAAUGGACUUGAAACAAGAGAAAUGCAAGAUGCCAAGAGGAAGCUUUUAACAGGAAACCCUGAAGAUGGACAGUGAUUGGCUGGGCAUCCUGGGACUGGCAUUCAGGUGAUGGCACAAACCCUGUUUUUAUUUCCAGCUUUUGUAUCAAAGGAAUGAAAGCUAUUGUAUGUAUUAAAUAAUAUAGCUGAAAACUGCCAAAUAUAGGGUUGUGAUAAGAAAAGACCCUCACAUGCAGCAGAACGCUGUGUGGCCUCCCCUGUUUUGGAUGAUGAUGCUUCUUCGCUGACAAAAUGGAACAGGACUUUUAAUCACUUUUUUUUAAAUAUUUUUGAUGGGUAAUUUAAGAGAAUUGCACCGGCUGCAUGGUUGUAUUCCCUGCUGCAAUGGCCACCUCUUCUCCUCUGCUUGCGUUUUGGCUGGAGGUGAAAAUAUCCUAAAAUAUAUACAGGACUCUUGGGUUUGGUGAGAUCUGACUGAGCUAUACAGGGUGUUCAGUCCGUGCAUAUGGCUUGUUUCACUCAUUAAGUCUGUCCCUAGGCUUGGGGCUGUUCUUGUAGGCACCGUGUACACUUAGAGGUCCAAUUACUGCCUCAAAACUCAAUGGCGUCUGUAUUACAUCAUGUUUCUUAGCCUGAGAUUCAUAUGCCCUGAAUAUAACACAAAGAGUUAAUAGGAAAAUUAUCUACAGGUAAUUUAAACCAUUUACAGUAGAUAUUAUAAUAAUAUAAUGGUGUCCCUGUGACAAAUGCCUUCUGGUGGUUGGCGGCAGUCAAUUAAAAGCAUAUCAAAACUCAUAAUAUGAUUAUUAUGAUAAUAAUGGUAAAAAGUAGGUGAGGAUCCAAAGAUCCUGGUGGGUUUCUGGGAUCCUAUUCCUAAUUGGCAGUCCUUAUCCCCGGGGUCUGCAAUCCAACAGACUAUGGGCUUGUUCUUUUCAAUGCAAAACACAAUAAGAUUGCUCUAAUGGAAUGGAAAGUUUCCUUUAAUAUGAGAUAAAAUCUAAGAGCUCUUUAUUUCACACUGGUCUAAUAUAUUAUAUAACUGCUUUUCUUUUAUAUCGCUCUUAAUUCUGUAUUGUAUCCAUGCUGAUAAGGGAUCCUCCAUGGCACAAAGAGACUGAAUACUUAGCAGGGUUGUAAAAAACAAAGGAAACUAAGGAAACAUUUUUUAUCUAAAAUUAUUAUCUCAAUAUAGUUUGCUUGUUUUUCUUUGCACACAAAGCAAAAGCAUUGCCUUUAAUUAGAAAUCACCAGCAGAUCCUUUCAUUCCACACCAGAAUUGGCAGGUAUAAGAAAAAUAACCUUCUGAAUAUGAAGGAGGUAACAGCCUUGUGAGCUGGAGAUCUCAGUUGGAUGAAGGACAGAAAUAAAAGAGAGAAGCAAAUGUCAUAAAGAAUAA